AUGAACGCAUCACUCCAAUUCUCAGAGAACUGCACUGGCUACCCAUCAAACAGCGAAUUCCGGGACAUCACCGACGUUCAGGUCUAUAUGUUCCACCUUGUCCCACAAUCUCCGGACAUCCCCGACCUUCAGAUCUAUAUGUUCCACGCAGUCCCACAAUCUCCGGACAUCCCUGACCUUCAGAUCUAUAUGUUCCACGCAGUCCCACAAUCUCCGGACAUCCCCGACGUUCAGGUCUAUAUGUUCCACCUAGUUCCACAAGCUCCGGACAUCCCCGACCUUCAGAUCUAUAUGUUCCACGCAGUCCCACAAUCUCCGGACAUCCCUGACCUUCAGAUCUAUAUGUUCCAUGCAGUCCCACAAUCUCCGGACAUCCCUGACGUUCAGAUCUAUAUGUUCCACCUAGUUCUAGAAUACCUCCGGACAUCCCCGACCUUCAGAUCUAUAUGUUCCACGCAGUCCCACAAUCUCCGGACAUCCCCGAACUUCAGAUCUAUAUGUUCCACGCAGUCCCACAAUCUCCGGACAUCCCUGACGUUCAGAUCUAUAUGUUCCACCUAG